GAGUGUCACACCUUCUCGCCUCCCAACAGGAUUGAGCACAGGAUCUGGUCGGUUGGUGAAAAUGAGUGACCGAUGGGUUGGUUCAUGGCCAGAUUACGGUUUGUCGCGGUGAGAGGCAAACAAGAGCGCGAUUGGGAAUCUUGGGCCAUCCUAGCAAACAGGCAGGCAGUAUUGGCAGCAGCAGUUAUCCAGCUUCUUCCUGUAUUGUGGGGAUUUUCUCCGGUGCGCUUGGGAUGUGUGUACUUUUUCUUUGGCGUGUGUAAAGUGUAAAGAGUUCUAGUUUCUGUCCUAAUCAGUGCGGGCUAAUUUUUUUGCUUUUUGACCAAUUGGUAGCAAGUUAUUCCGUGUUUCCGCAGAAGAUUCGCUGGUGGAAGUAAAACAACUAUUACUUUUUUGGUGUAGCAAUGCUUUCGGACUGAAGUGAUUUGAGUCAGACGGAUACUCUGGCCUUCGAAUGAUAGUCAGUGAUAGUUUCGAGAUUGAAAAGUGCGUUUUUCGACCAUAGCCUUGGAUAGAGAAGGGAAGAACAGUAAGCUACAGUUUUUGGUACGAAUUUUUCCAGGGUCGAAGUGAAAAAGUAGAGGAAAAAAAUCGCCCCACCCUCUAGUUAGCUCAGGGCGAAUGGUAUUCUGACGAGACCAGUGUUGCGAUUGUUUGAUGCAGUGUUGGCUUCAUUGAUUCGCUUCUAUGUCGAGUUCUAUCAACGAAAAGAAAAUCUAUAGUUGGCUAUGAAAAUUCUGGUAGUUGAUCAAUAGGCAGUACACAGUUUGACAGAAUUGCAGCCUAUCAGACAGUUGGUGUACAUGUAUGUGUGUAUGUGUGUUAGUGUAAGAUAUAGAAAAGCGAUCCCGUUCUGGUGAGACGGCAGGAAAAACACCACCCCUUGCAGGGCUAGGAAGUUGGAGCGUGAGUGACGCACACGGAGAUAUCGAAUACAGUAAACAACUCAAGAGCGCAUAUGUAAGUGCACGUGCUACUUGAAGCAGGUGAGAGUGAUUUUCCCGGCGUUUCGUUCAGCGUAUUUGUGAGUGACUAACUCGUCCGUGGAAAACAAUCAGUGUUGAACCUAGCAACGAUUCGUCAGCAGGAUCAGGAAGCUGCGGUCUUUUCGGUGUCGUGCUUUCUCGGUCAGUGUUACAGUAGAAUCCGGAUUGAGCAGACACACCGGCUCCAGGACUCGUUCCGCAGGUGUCGGUGUGGCGAACCCACUCUGCUACUACAACUGCAGAACAACAAAGGAAUACCCUAUGCGGUAGAACUGAGGCACACUUGCCGAUAAGUUCUUACCAACUACCGAAUCACCAUCAGGACCUAGUUCCCUUGGCGCAUUAACCAGUCGUGCGGAGGAAAAAAAAAACGUUGGCAAAACGGAACUGACUCUGCACGGUCCAGAUUAUCUCGUUGUUUAUAUUUUUACCAUAAUUACGUUUUCGGAUUUUGGUUUUUUGCCUCCGCGGCGGCGGCGGCAUCACCGGCGAUUGGCUGAAGAUUUAUUUACACUGGAAAAAAUUGUUUACCUAGUGUCGAUCAAACUCUGAAACCGUGCGUGAAACCAGAAGCAAAAAAAAAAAAAAACGAGCAGUGAAAUUUUGCUUUAUUGCUACGACUUGGUGGCAGUGUGGAAUGAUGGUCAGUUCAUUGAAUCACGAUUGAAUUGUUGAGUCGGAUCGGGGGCAAAAAUUUACGAUAAAAAUUUCAGUUCUUGAAUGUUUGUGAAUAUUGCGAAAAGUUGAAUUGACCUACCGGAUGGGAAAGAAUGUAUUAAUGACAUCUGAUAAACAUAGAUAAAUAUUAUCUAAAUCAUAACGAAAUAGUUGCUGAUAACAAAUCGGUUCUCGCGAAAAAGUGCGUGAGUAAAGUAGUGAAACGUGAGGUUGCGAGUUGAAUUCAGAAAAAAAAGAAUCAAACGAAUCAAACAACACCAGUAAACAUAAAGCAGAAUAUACGAUAACGCUGUGCUUGUUUGCAUUGAUAAACAAAUAGAAUAUACAGAGCCAAAGGCGUUAUCAUCAUGGCUGACGACGAAAUUUUGUUCGACGACGUUUACGAGCUUUGCGAGGUGAUUGGAAGGGGUCCCUUUUCGAUAGUCCGACGGUGCAUUCAUCGGGAGUCCAACCAGCAGUUUGCAGUGAAAAUUGUUGACGUUGCGAAGUUUACCGCCAGCCCCGGCCUCAGCACCUCCGAUCUGAAACGAGAAGCAACAAUAUGUCACAUGCUAAAGCAUCCACACAUCGUCGAGCUGCUGGAAACGUACAGUUCGGAAGGCAUGCUGUAUAUGGUUUUCGAAUUCAUGGAAGGAUCGGAUAUAUGCUUUGAAGUGGUCAGACGUGCCGUGGCCGGAUUUGUGUACAGCGAGGCAGUGGCGUGUCACUACAUGCGACAGAUUUUGGAGGCACUACGCUACUGCCACGAGAACGACAUCGUCCAUCGGGAUGUACGGCCGGCGUGUGCACUACUGGCGACCGCGGACAACUCAGCACCGGUCAAACUGGGCGGUUUCGGAUCGGCGGUGCAGCUGCCAAACGGUCGGGAUUCGGUGGAGACGCAUGAACCGCACCGGUCGUACUUGAGUCCCCAAGGAAAGCUCUACCUGAAAUCCGACGGCGAGGGUCGGGUCGGGUGCCCCCACUACAUUGCCCCGGAGGUGGUCACGCGGCGGAUUUACGGCAAGGCGUGCGAUGUCUGGGGCGCGGGAGUGAUGCUGCAUGUGCUACUGUCCGGACGGUUGCCAUUCUACGGUUCCGGCAAGCGGCUGCAGGAAGCCAUCGCACGGGGCAGAAUUAUGCUCGACACACCGGAGUGGAAGCACAUUUCAUCGACCGCCAAGGAUCUGGUGCUGAAGAUGCUCUCAGCAAAUCCUAUUAAUAGACCCACUAUAUCGGAAAUCUUGGAACAUCCGUGGAUGAGGGACCGUGAUAAACUUCAGCGCACUCAUCUCGGCGACACGGUGGAGGAACUGAAGCGUUACAAUGCCCGCCGCAAGCUGAAGGGUGCCGUACAGGCGGUGGCCGGUGGGGUCGCCUUGGAUCCACUCUGCUGUGCCGAUACCGAUUCAAUGGCGAUUGGAACCGCAUCGGAGAGCCUGAACGAGUGGGCCGACGAAGAGGCCGGACUGGAGGCCAUACAGAAAAUUCUCGACUCCUUAGACGAUAUUAUAGCACUGCAAGACGCUAGCUGCGAUCCGGAAGUGUUGGCCAAUAUGUUGCGCGACGUAAAGCUGCAUGAGCUUCUUCAGCUCUACGACCGAAUAAGUAGCUCCGUUAUUAAUCCGUCCCGGGCACCACCCGGAGAUGCCAUCAGUCGCUGCCGGGACGCCAUCGAUGCCAUUAGUUCCGCACCGGGACACAAGCAUGGCCGGGAGAAAGCCGAACUCGUCAAUCUGCUGGGAUCGUCACACAUACAGGUUAGUACAUUUUAAUGUUGUCUGUUCUUGGAAGGGUAAGCAGUAUCAAAAAUUUAAAAACUGUUAGCCUACAAAAGAGUACAAAAUCCAUUUUUGUUGUUCCAUACCGUUCUAUAAGCUGAAAACAAAACUCCUAAGAAGGGCAAAGAAAAGUAAAAAUUGCGAUUGGUCAAAAAUGACUAAUCUAGAACAAAAACAACUGUUGGGGUUUGGGUUCGAUCGUUGCGUGUCUGAUUAGGAAACAGAACCGAUUUCGAUCAAAGCACUGUCCAACGUUCGGUGCUACUGAAUGGUUCCCCAGAGUGAAAAGAUCUCGUGUAAUUUUUCACGAAAUUUGAAGACUGAAAAACUGCUCUAAAUUUGAUGUUUCUGGAAGACAAAUCACAAAUUAAACCGUUCCGAUUUGUGUGAAAGUCAAAACAAUUUGUGCUUCUACUAUUUUGGAAAAUUAAAAACACCUGUUUGAGGGUUCAAUAAGCCACAAGGGUUCAGUCACAAACAGCUUGCCAAACCAUAGCUUUUAUUACCAAAUUUUACGACUUGACAUGAUUACUUCGACUUGUUCAAUAUUUGCCCCUCUCGCACCGUGUAAUAUUGUAGUCAGGGUUCCUAAUUGAAUUUCACUAACGUUUCGUCAUCUCUUUUUAGGAGUUUUUUUUUUUGAAAAUUUCAAAAUUAUUUCCCGGGAUGUUUAGUCAUUUCUAAAACAAUUAGAGAAAUUCGAUUUCGGAUUUUUUUUUCAUGUACCAAAUAUAACGCGUUACAAGUUUGGAAAUCUUAUCGAACAGAACAAAACUGAAGAACAGAACAGUAGAACAAUAGAAAAAUAGAACAAUAGAACAAUAGAACAAUAGAACAAUAGAACAAUAGAACAAUAGAACAAUAGAACAAUAGAACAAUAGAACAAUAGAACAAUAGAACAAUAGAACAAUAGAACAAUAGAACAAUAGAACAAUAGAAC